AUGCUUGCUGGAAUUGGACCUUCUAGCUCGUUUUGCCUCAGGUCAAUUAAUUCAAGAUUCUUGAGCCUCCCGAUAUCCGUAGGAAUGAACCCUGAAAAUCGAUUUCCAGAGAGAUCGAUUUCUUGCAGGCUCGAGCAGUUUGUUAGUUCACUCGGUAUACUUCCCGACAUUUGGUUGUCGUUAAAGUAUGCAAAGACCAGCUGCUUUAGCUUCCCGAUUUCCACUGGAAUCGGGCCUGUGAUCAUGUUAUCAAAGAGGUAUAAACCUCUCAAUCUGCUCAAAUUUCCGAUUUCGGGAGGUAUUUUUCCCGUGAAGCUGUUGUUAUUGAGCAUAAGAUCGGUCAAUCUCUCGAGCCUGUCGAUGUCUGCCGGCAGAGUCCCGCCGAUUUUAUUUCCCGAGAGGUCUAAUUGCUCGAGUGACAAGCAAUUUAAUAUCUCUACCGGAAAUUCGCCGGAUAAAUUGUUCCCGCCCAGAAAAAGCUGGGUCAGGUUUGAAUUCUCGAUGCAAAGAUUUUCCGGUAGCCCACCUGCGAAAAAGUUAUCCGAUAAAAACAAAAUUUCGAGAUUCGUGAGAUUGGAGUUGGAAAGGCUUAUGGGCCCAGAAAGUUCAAGUAAUUCAAGUUCGACAAACGGCCCAACUCGACUGGGAUUGGCCCAGAAAGACUGUUGUUGCCCAAAUUCAAUAUCUGCAUUGUUGAGAACUCCAAAUGGGUCGGUGAGUUUCGAUUUUAUGGUUAAGAGCCAAAAGGAAUCGGAGGAGGAGUUAUUAUUGCCUUCCCCAAGGCUCGGGUCGAACGAGGACCCGAGUAUUGUGAAGAAAAGGAUGAAAUGGGCAAAGUGA